AUGGCCGUCCCACCCAAGUUCGCGGCCCACAAGCUCACAUUCGGACCUCCUAAGUCCCUCGCCAAUGGCAACCCGGCAGGCGGCAUCCCUUCGCAACCCCACACGCUCGAGCUCUACCUCGACUACGUCUGCCCCUUCUCGGCGAAGCAGUUCAACACAUUCUACAAUGACGUCGUGCCCGCCGUCCGCGCAAACCCAGCUUGGGCGUCCAACCUCGAGGUCAUCUUCCGCCAGCAGGUCCAGCCGUGGCACCCGUCGAGUACGCUCGUACACGAGUCGGCCGUCGCCGUGAUCAAGGUGGCGCCGCACAAGUUCUGGGAGUAUAGCGACGCGCUCUUCAAGGCGCAGAAGGACUACUUUGACGCAAACGUCGUCAACGAGCUGCGCAACGACACGUACCGACGCCUGGCCAGGCUCGCGGGCUCCGUGGGCGUCGACGAGGAUGAGGUGCUGCGGCUACUGCUGGUGUCAGACAAGCCCGACAGCGAGGGCGCGCUCAACGUCGGCAACGGCGUGACCAACGACUUCAAGGUGCUCAUCAAGCUCGCACGGCUGACGGGCGUGCACGUCAGCCCGACGGUGCUAUUUGAUGGGUACCCGAACAACGAGAUCAGUUCUGGCUGGACACUGGAUCAGUGGAAGGAGUGGCUGCAGAAGAACAUUGUCUGA